CCAACCUGUCUCCGUCCCUCCGCACAAACCCUGACUUUCACAUCCGCCAUCUCCCAAUCCCCUCCGACAUGUAGUAGCAGUUCCUUUCGACCCGUCACGACAUGCUUGGAGCGGAUGAAGACGGUGUGGCUCAUCUAUCAAGCAUCGAAGGCCAAGAAGCCCAGAACGAGGCAUUUUCUUGUCCCUAUGCCGAGCGUGUUUCAAACCUUGUCGCCAGUUGUAAUCUUGCAGCCUGACUUUUCCUUUAUUAUCACGAGUUGUUACCUCUAGAGUGAGAAUUCGCAGCCUUACUUGCGUACUUUGGUCACGUUUCAUAUCAUUUCUUCUCUUGAAUACACCUUCACGGUUGUUAGAUACGCACAUUUUUUCUCUUCAAUCACGAGCUCCACGGUUCCACAUUCUACUCGGCCACAAACUGUGACGUCAGCUCCUUCAAUUUCCUAUUCGAAGAACCUCAACGUGUUGCUAGAAUGUUGACCAAUCGCCGUUCUACGAUGAUGAUUCCGCCAGCCCGCGCGCCGAGCUGGCGCCCAGAGGUUAACCUCGAAACCGAGCCUCGUUGCAAAACUACAUCCAUUCUCACCGCAACCACCGACUCUCUACCCGGCUACCGUAUCAAUAAGGUCAUCGGCACCGUUCACGGUAUUACAGUAUGCGCGCGCAAGGACACCAAGGCCUUUCUCAAAGCUGCGGGCACUGGAAGCGAAGCAAAAAGCCUGACCCAUACGUUAUACAACGCCCGCGACCAGGCGAUGGAAAGAAUGAUCCGAGAUUGCAUUAGCCGGGGAGGAAACGCUGUAGUGGGCAUGAGUUUUGGUGAGAGUGAGGUUCUCGGGUUCGCUCAAGUGAGCGUAUACGGAACCGCUGUGUUUGUGGAAAAGGAAGGAAAAGCUGAAGAUUGCUACACGCUGAAGUGAUGUAAUCGGCACGGAGGCGACUUAAUUCCGCUUAUGGGCUCGAGGGUUUGUAGAUUUGAGGGUAUGAUGCGACUCACAGUUCAUCCGGAAUGAACAGCUAACGAGGUCGUAACGGGGUCAGCGCAAGUAGGAAUACCUUUGCGAUUACAUACAGUAAUACGGCGUUUACUAGCGAAUUCCAAGUAUCGGAGCGAGUAUAGAAACUCGACAGACAGCAAUUACAUCAUAUCUCUUCAACACACAUAUCGCCUUCACUUCGUCCUCGCAUUGCUUCUCGAUCCCAACAAUCUCAACGCGAUCAUGGCCACCAAGAGCACUCAUGUGCACUAGCUAAGGGAAAACUGUGAGAGACCUUGGUGAAGAUUUCAGAAAUCCUAUCUUUAUCAUUCCUUGCGUGGCCGGAUGCUUAGCCCUCGAGCGCUCAUCACUUUCC